GGUAGUAGUAACUGUAGCGUAGCAGUUUCACUGGACACAAAACGACGACGGAUACAUUUGACUUUUGCAGAUCUUCACCGUUGUCAUGCUUUUCAAGCCUUCGACUCUCUUGGCUCUCUUUGCGGUUGCUGGCACCACGCUAGCCUUUGCUCCACGGUCGACGACGACUUCUUUGACAAGUACCACGCGGGGUUCGGCUUCGUCCUCCGUCACUACACUCGCCAUGUCCGGCAUCACGGGCGUUCUCGCCCGUGAGAUUUUGGAUUCCCGCGGCAAUCCUACCGUGGAGGUCGAAGUGACGACCGCCGACGGAGUCUUCCGCGCGUCGGUACCGUCCGGGGCUUCCACCGGUGCCUACGAAGCUGUCGAGCUGCGCGAUGGCGGCGACCGCUACAUGGGCAAGGGUGUCCUCCAGGCCGUACAGAACGUCAACGACAUACUCGGACCAGCCGUCAUGGGUAUGGAUCCGGUCGGACAGGGAUCCGUCGACGACGUCAUGCUGGAACUUGACGGAACACCCAACAAGGCCAACCUCGGGGCCAACGCCAUUUUGGGGGUCAGCCUUGCCGUUGCCAAAGCCGGAGCCGCCGCGAAGAAAGUCCCCCUUUAUCGGCAUUUUGCCGAUCUAGCCGGCAACAAUCUGGACACCUACACUAUGCCCGUCCCCUGCUUCAACGUUAUUAAUGGAGGCUCCCAUGCGGGGAACAAACUCGCCUUUCAGGAAUAUUUCGUUAUCCCGACGGGUGCCAAAUCAUUUGCCGAAGCCAUGCAGAUUGGUUGCGAAGUGUACCAUACCUUGGGGAAAAUCAUCAAGGCCAAGUUUGGUGGCGACGCGACUCUGAUUGGCGACGAAGGUGGAUUCGCUCCGCCAUGUGACAACCGCGAAGGCUGUGAACUCAUCAUGGAAGCAAUUUCCAAGGCCGGAUACGAUGGUAAAUGCAAGAUUGGUCUCGAUGUUGCCGCGAGCGAGUUUAAAGUCAAGGGCAAAGAUGAAUACGAUUUGGACUUCAAGUACGAUGGUGACAUUGUAUCUGGAGAAGAACUCGGUAAUUUAUACCAGUCGCUGGCAGCCGACUUUCCCAUCGUCACCAUCGAAGACCCCUUUGACGAAGACGACUGGGAGAACUGGUCCAAAUUUACAACCAAGAAUGGUGCCACCUUCCAAGUGGUUGGUGACGAUUUGACCGUCACUAACAUUGAAAAGAUUGAACGUGCCAUUGACGAAAAGGCCUGCACGUGCUUGUUGCUCAAGGUAAACCAAAUCGGUUCCAUUUCCGAAUCCAUCGCUGCCGUGACCAAGGCGAAAAAAGCAGGUUGGGGUGUUAUGACGUCUCACCGUUCCGGCGAAACCGAAGAUACCUACAUUGCUGAUUUAGCCGUCGGAUUGUGCACGGGACAGAUCAAGACGGGCGCGCCCUGCCGAUCGGAACGUUUGGCCAAAUACAAUCAACUCUUGCGUAUCGAGGCCGAACUGGAAGCAGGCAAGGUGACUUUCCCGGGAGAAAACUUUCGAACAACCGCAUGGAUGGGACAGUAAAGUCGCGCUCGAACGCUUGCCUGUUCGUGCGUAAGUAUAACUGGAAACAAUCGACAAGCAUCGAACCCACAAAACCUACUUCAAUCAACCCUUAGAAGCUGCUGCAAAAACUCUCUUUUCGAGUCUUUCAACUAAUCAUAGCCAAGUCCAUACUUUCAUCCACAGCAAUGGUUGGGAUUCUAUUAGUGCAGUUUAAGUUUUCAUUCGCUUAGCAUUCUUGAUACCCUUGUCUUUUCUCGUUACCAAGCCGGCUGUUUUGGCUCCACCAAAAUUCUUUUUCGGCUUGACGAUUUCUUCCAGAUCAAUAAUGGGUGCCGAUUCGAUACGAUCUACACCACUGACGUACCGGGCUUCCACUUUUUCCUUGAUGUGCGUGCUCUUCUCCAUGUAAAACUUGUAAUCGCCCUGAUACUUGGCCAGCUUGCGAUCUUCAAUCGCUACAAUGGAAGUAGCGACCUUGGAAAUAAAGUAACGAUCGUGGGAUACAACCAUGAUUGAACCCAUAAAGUGUUGCAGAGCUUCCUCAAGCAUCUCUUUCGCCGGAAUAUCCAAAUGAUUGGUCGGUUCGUCCAAAAUCAACAAGUUGGCCGGUCGAAGCAUCAUACAACAUAAAGAAAGCCGUGCCUUUUCUCCUCCACUCAAGAAUUCAAUCUUCUUGUCGACUGCAUCUCCCUUGAACAGAAAUUGUCCUAGUAGCGCUCGGAGUUCGUUGUAGGACUGACCACUGCUGUUGCCUUGUAUUGUCUCCAACACAGUUUUGUCGAGAUCAAGUGCGUCCGCUUGAUUCUGUUCAAAAUAGUUCAUUAUCACAUUUUGUCCUAUGAUUUCGGCACUCCCAUCGUCGGGCUUCUCUCGACCAACCAACAAUCGCAAAAGUGUCGACUUGCCCGAACCAUUGGGCCCGAGUACAGCGAUCCGAUCGCCCUUCUCAAUAAAGAGCUCACAAUCUUCAAACAAACGAUUCUGAGCUUGUUCGUUACGAUAUGCGUGAGACAAAUGUUUGACAUUGGCUACCUCUGGACUUAGACGAGGUGCGUCCGGAAAACGAAACCGGAAAGGUUUGCCGACAAAUGGAGGCUUCU